UGCUGCAGACCAUGGGGUCGAAAAGAGAUGGAUAUAACGGAGCAACUGAACAAUACAACCUCAGUAGCAAAUUAUGUAAUUUGGAACUCAGGUGUUAAAGAAGAGCGGAAAGGAAGAGUGACAAUUCAUAGAGGAAGCCUGUUUUUAUACAGGGCCCGGAAGUUUCUCCUGGCACCUGGACAGUUUCUCAGAGCACUAUUCUCAAGGUGCCUUAAGGUAUGGGCUCCUUGAGGUGGUUUGACUCAUUCCUGUGCCCCAAUGUACAGCAAAGUGCCAGGUGUGUGUGUUUAGUUAAAACAAACUAGGGGUUGUCAACCUCUCACUCCUCACCCCGACUUGAUUUCCUGAAUCUGUUUUCUCAAAGGACGUGCUCUUGAAAUGCGUGACUCAGCUUUGCAAGCUUGUUUUGUUAGUUUGGACACCUUGAGACCUGUGCAGUGGUGGAUGACUUAACCGUCUCCAUGCAAGUUCACGCUCAUGUGUGCUCUUCCUUGCCCCAGGCAGCUGUGGCCACUGAAAAUGCCGACUCCCUCCUAAGAAGCGGGCCCACCUCCUACAGGAAAAGACCUUCUCCACAGUGACCAGGCUGGUUCACCCCAGGGCUUCAUCUGCCUUCUCUCAUCGACAGCGGAAGCUUCCCACUGUGUUUAAGGUAAGAUUUAAAACACACUUCCUCGGGGUGACAGAAAGAGUUAAUAAGCCAGACGGCAGGGCGUCAAAGCCUCCUAUCUCAUUUGAUAAUCUAAGUACUGUUUAAAGGAGAAUAUGAAAGUAUUACUCAGGCUUCUUUGUGUCAUCACUUUACUGAUUCCUUCUCUGGAGGCCGAUAAAUGUGAGGAACAUGAAGAGAAAAUUACAUUAGUUUCACCCGCACAUGAAAUUGAUGCUCGUUCGUGUCCUCUUAUCACAAGUGUGCACAAAGAGCCUAUAACUUGGUAUAAAAAUGACAGCACAACACCUGUAUCUACAGAAAGAGAAUCUAGGAUUCAUCAGCACAAAGACAAGCUCUGGUUUGUUCCUGCUGAAGUGGAGGAUUCAGGAGCUUACUAUUGCUCAGUGAGAAAUUCAACUUACUGCCUCAAAAUUAAAAUAGUGGCAGAGUUUGUGAAGCAUGAACCUAACUUGUGUUACAAUGAAAGAACUGUGUUUACCCAGAGACUACUGACUGCGGGAGAUGGGCAACUUGUAUGUCCUUACUUGGACUUUUUAAAAGAUGAAAACAAUGAGUUACCCCAAGUACACUGGUAUAAGGAUUGCAAGCCUCUACUUCUUGACAACGUAAAUUUUGCUGGAGUAACAAACAAACUGAUCAUCACAAAUGUGAACACAGCACAUGGUGGGCACUAUAUGUGUCAUGCAUCGUACACACACUUGGGAAAGCAGUAUCGUGUCACCCGGGCAAUAAAGCUGAUUACUCUGGAGAAAUCCAGGAACACAAAACCCGAGAUUGUGAGUCCAGCUAACGAGACGAUGGAAGUGGUCUUGGGAUCCUGGCUUCAAUUGAUCUGCAAUGUUACUGGCCGGAUAAGUAACUACGUCUACUGGAAGUGGAAUGGGUCAAUGAUUAGUACAUAUACUCCUGUGCUAGAGGAAGACUUUAUAAUAGUGGAGAAUCCUUUAAACAGAAGAAGGAGUACAGUCCUCGCACGGCUUAAUAUUUCGGCAGUGGAAAGUAAAUUCUUCCUGCAUCCAUUUACCUGUUUAGCCAAGAAUACAGAAGGAAUAAGCACAGCAUAUAUACAAUUAAUACAUCCAGGUAAACAAGAAUCGUUUAUUUGAAAUGCAGUUUUGUUUUCCC